AUGGAUUUCACUAAGAGAAUUUUGAUGGUGUUUGCUCUAACCAUUAUGUUGGGUAUCUCCUCUGUUCAGUGCCGUCAAAGUCUGGAGCUCAUGCCUUGGUCUGGAGAAAAAUUUACUCAAUGUUUCGACUCAGGCCCAUGUCGGCAAGGAAUGAUGAAAUGCAUUGAGUUCUGUACCUCAAUGGGGACUGUAAACGGACAAUGUAAUAGUGAAAAUAUAUGCUGUUGCAUUCAUUAGUGUUACUCUAAAAGUCUGGAUCAACGUUGCCUUUUAACUAUGGAGGAGAACCCUUGAUAUGAUUACUGUAUCCCAACUCUUUAUUUGUAGAUGACAUAUUGUCAUGUGCUGAUAAUGUAUGAUGGUUACUAUAUUUUUUACUCAACAUCAAUUUUCAUUAGUUAAAGUGUAGGAAUACAAGAUUUCAACCUAAUAUAAUCGACAUAUUCUAUUAUCACUUAAGAACACUAAGAUAGAGUCCUUAUGACAAAUUUAUAUUACGACUCGAGAUGAACUGUCUUUUGACCUCUAAUUAAAGCAUCUCCACUAAAAACAUUAAUGGUAAUGAAGAAAAGCGCUGUAGACUAUUAAGGCUAAAUUAAAAUCUUUUUUUUAAUCUAAAUUAAAAUCAAUACUAUUGUUUUGCUAGAAGGUAGGUUUGUGUGACUUUCAAUAAUUAAAGCAAUAAUGUAAGACCACUGAAAAAGACUUGUAUUGUUAAUUAAUGCAGCACAAUGAAGAUGCUUAUUCUAUAUCAUAGUUUAUACAUGUGAUUUUUUAAUUAUUCAUGCCACGAGGUCCCAACAACCGUUGUGGAUAAAGCUGAGUAAUUGUUGAUAGUGAGUCAGGUGACUGUGGUUUUAAAUUCACCAAGUUGCUUAAUAUUUUUAUGCUAUCACAAACUAUCUUGAUUUGAAUCAGAACCGUCGUAAAGCUGAUAGUACCGUAUUAUAAAAACUACGGAGAACUGAAUAUUGUAAAUAAUAAAAUUGAUAAAAUUAUACCAAAGAUUAAGAAAAAAAUGAUAUAACUGCAGAUACGAGAUAUUAUCUAUUUUUUUAAUUCAAAAUAUGUCCCGUAAUGCGACGGUUCGAUAAUGUAAGAAGUUCCAAGAUACAACUGUAAAUAAUCUUAUGAUUUGCGUCACUCUAUCAGAAGUCUGGCGAAACUAGUUUUGUGUACUUUCAGACUCUAAAAAAAUAUCAAAGAAAAAGAGAGAAAAUAAAAUGAGGAAUUGUUGAACAAAGAUUUCUUUUCCAAUAUCUCUUAUGAAUGAGCUUUCACGUAUUGUUAUAUAACUUCAAAAGUCAAAUACGUACGUUAUGUGAUCAUGGAGUAAACUAAUGCAGUAAUGAGAAUUGAUUCUCCAUUACUCACGUUAGUGGGCAAAGUAAUAAAUGGUUUUGACCAAACAAAUCAAAGCCAAUAAUACUUUAUAUGAGUUUGCAUUUUUAUGUUUAAAUAAAACAUAAAAGAUCAUCAUAAAUAAAAUUAGAAAGAUUUAGUUAAUUGACAUAAUGUCCAACUAACAAGAUCAGUUUAUAAUCCAAACCCAAAUAUUCAAAGUGAUUUAUAUGCUAAGUUGCCAAAUAUAAAAAGCUUUUUAUAUCAUUAACUUUGGAUCUUCAUUUCUCAUUCAAAACAACUCCGAUUUUGACCAAUAAAUACACUAACUCAUAGUGUUCAUGGUGACGAUUACAUCAAGCCCGAAUUCUGGUCAUUCCGAUAGAUGUCUUCGUCGAAAAAAACCAUCGGAAAAAUGGUCCACACCACUUUGUCAAAAACGAGUUCCAACAAUCCCCCACAUGAAUAGAAAUGAUUCUAUACACGUGAAAAAAGAAGAAAAAAAAUUGACUUUUGAGAGUACGAGCGAAAAAUCCACUGCAUGAUGAGUUGGUAGCAAUUUUUCAGCCUUGAACCAAUCAUUGUUAAUAACUAUCGGAUUUACUCGGCCAGAAGGUGGCCAUGAUGUCUUGAACCUCCCGGGCUUUGGUGUAAACCUAGACAAUAGCCAAAACACACCUUCGUUCUCUCACAAAACAAAAUUUUCUAUUGUGUUCAUUUUGGCCGUGAACAUUCUUGGUAAUCAUGAGUGAACUUGGAGAAUAUAACAUUUCCUUCAUUCUCCUAGAAAAGGCUUCAUUUCACAUUCACAAGGUGAUUUGCCAUUGCUUUGUUUGGAGGAAUAUCAUGUACUACUCCAUUCAUAUGUCAAAGCUAUGGACAAAUCAUUAAAAGCAAAUGCUUAUCCUCUAUUCCUUACAUGUAGCACUGUUUAGUCAUCCUGGGAACUGGGUAUAGACUGAAGUCUGACAGUGAUUUGGACAGAUUUAGUUUGAUUUAGUUGUUUCCUUGAACUUAU